AAACAUGGCGGCUGGUAGAAAGGCAAGCUCUCUCUGUUCAGUGGACUUUGAGGUUUUUGGGAAGGUACAAGGUGUAUUUUUUCGAAAGUACACCAAGAUUAAUGCCACCAAACACAAACUGGUUGGCUGGGUAAUGAACACACCACACAACACAGUGAUUGGACAGCUUCAGGGAGAGACUGCAAACGUUCGUCUCAUGAGAAAAUGGUUGAGAGUCACAGGAAGCCCAAAAUCAAGAAUUGAUCGAUGUGAAUUCAAGAAUGAAAAAAACAUUAGUGUGCUGGAAUUUAAUGAUUUUGACAUCAGGAAAAUGAAGCCAUAGUGAAACACAGAGAGUUCCUCUUACAUCAUCUUAUGUAUGACUCAAUCAGAGAAGCUGCUUUACAGGCUGGAACAAUUUUCUGAAACACUUAUCAACUGUGUUCAAAGCAGUCAGAAACCAACUUUCCCUCUUUGCAGUAGAACUAAUUUCACAGAUGUGUUGACCAUAAAUUGAAUUUUGAAAUAGUGGGUAUGGCAUGGCAAUUCCAAUUAUUGUACUGUUAGACUGUUUUAAAAAGACUGUUUUACUGGAUUUCUCUAUAAUCUUAGCAUUGCAGUCACAAUUGUUAUGACUUUUGAGUGUUUGGUUUUUAAGCACAUUGAAUAUGGU